AUGGCAACAUACAAACGAAAUAGUGCAAGUUCUUUAAAUUUUCGCAGCAAAAUUCAGUCGGAAAAUUUAAAACCGGAGGGUAAAGGCUCUAGGCCUUUACCCGAUCCCGUGUCAAUAAAAGAAGCUUUAUUUACAUUGCUCAUUGAUAUUUUUCGUAAAAUAUUGUUUAUGAAUUCUAAUAUCAAAGUGUCUUUAUAUUUAGGAGGUUUAUUUUUUUCAUUUAUAUUUGAUUUUUUACCGUUUCCAAAAACAUACUUUUCGAGAUCACAUAACGUAUUUAAUCUUUAUUUUGUGAAAAUCGGAUGGUUUUGGACGAUGGUGCUUACAACGCCUUUUGUAUUUUUAACCAGUUUCACAUAUUGUUGUGGAAAAAGAAAGUUAGUUUUAAUGCAUCUUUCUCGAUUGGUUGUGGCCACUGGAAUUUGGUACGUUUUCACAUCGGCCUUUGCUUUUGUCGAAGAAAAUUUUGGUAAAUGUUCUAUACAAGAAGGUUUAAAGAGUGGUAAAAAAAAUUGCCUAUCAAAAGGUUAUCUGUGGUACAGUUUAGAUAUAUCAGGUCAUGCCUUUUUACUAAUAUGGAGUGCCUUGGUUAUAACGGAAGAAGCUAAAGUUAUUAUCGGUUGGAAUCAAGUUGGAAAUAUGAUACAAAAUGAAGAACACAUGAGAUACACAAAUGAAGUUGAUAUUAAUAGUAAUUUAAGAUUAUUAAAUGACGAGGAGUUUUUAGUAUUGAAAGCUUCUUACAAAAAUUUCUCAGCAUAUGUUAAAGGAUUAUUUGUCGCUUUAACAAUUUUAACUUUUUUAUGGGAUUUCAUGGUUAUCACGACCAUCCUGUAUUAUCACAUUAUGGUAGAAAAAUUAAUAGCUGGUAUUUUUGCCAUAUCAAUGUGGUACAUAACUUACAAAUACUGGUAUCCAAAAUUAAAAAUCCCUCCAAAAUCUCCUGGUGAAGGAUCAUUUAAAUAUCAAAAGGAAAAAGUAAAUAAUAAUUUAAAGCCUAAAAUAUCGACUAUUUCAGGUCAAACAGUGCAUACAUCAAAAUGA